GUAGCCAGCGGAGAAACAGAUUAUACGGCUCCACACAACUGUUGUUUUAAUCCCCUGAGCGAGGAGAUUUAGCAAGAAAAAAACACUGGCUUCAAACCCAGCAGCCAUAUUGUAUGGAAAAGCGACGGAAAGACUCCUGUUUUCAGAAAAAAGUCGUUUUCUCAGGACAUCUGUCAAGACUUUUGGGGAGUUUAAUUUUCUGCCUCACUGGCGGUGGGUCUGUGUUGCACAGCUAGCUUGGCAGCUGGCUGAGAACUUGAGAGAUUGGGACUAGUUUUUUUUUUUUUAAACCCUUUUUGCACAAUAUUGUGUUUAUUUCUUUAUUUUAAUACUGUGAAGCUAACCGCCUAAAAAUGAAGGACCGAUUGGAGCAGCUUAAAGCGGUGUGUGAUCAAGAUGAUGAUGAUGUGGAGAUUGCUGUGGACAACGCAGGCUUCAUGGAUGAGUUCUUUUCUGAGAUCGAGGUAAUCAGAAACAACAUUGAGAAAAUCGAUGAGAAUGUGACAGAAGUGAAAAAGCUUUACUCUGUCAUCUUGUCUGCUCCCACAUCAGAUCAGAAAACACAGGAGGACUUGGAGGCGAUCACCAAUGACAUAAAGAAGUUGGCCAACGGUGCGAGGAACAAACUCAAGACCAUUGAGAGAAAUCUGGAGUCAGAAGAGCAGGAGAGGGUGUCGGCUGACACGCGGAUACGUAAAUCACAGCAUGCAGUGCUGUCUAGGAAGUUUGUGGAGGUGAUGACAAAGUAUAAUGAAGCUCAGGUGGAUUUCCGGGAGAGGAGUAAAGGACGUAUUCAGAGACAGCUCGAGAUCACUGGAAAAGCAACUACGGAUGAAGAACUAGAGGAGAUGUUGGAGGGUGGUAAUGCUUCUGUGUUCACUGCAGGGAUUAUAGACUCGGGGAUCUCCAAACAAGCCCUGAAUGAGAUUGAAGCCAGACACAAAGACAUCGUCCGUCUGGAGAGUAGUAUUAAGGAGCUGCACGAUAUGUUUGUAGACAUCGCCAUGCUGGUCGAGAGCCAGGGUGACAUGGUAGAAAACAUAGAGCAGAAUAUAUCCAAGUCAGUGGACCACAUAGUAGCAGCAAAGGAGCAGACCAAAAAAGCUGUAAGGUAUCAGACCAAAGCACGCAAGAAGAUCAUCAUUAUUGCUGUGGUCUGUGCCGUGGUUCUUCUCAUUAUCCUCAUCAUCAUCCUCACCCAGACACUAUAGGGCUGAUCGCUGCCAUCAUCUCAUCAUCUGUGUAUUCAACAUCUUCACCAUUAUUCAUCAGCCUUCCUGCAGAAGGAAAAACUGAUCCUGAUCACUCCAUAUGGGUAUAAGAAUAUUUAACCUGCAGAUCUUUUCAAUCGAAUAAAACACACUGAAGGUCUCCCUCACUUUUGGACAAUUGAGGAUGCUCUCCUGUGAAUGAGGAAACAAGACCAAAGCUGACAUAUGAGGUACAUUGUCUAUUGUACCUCUGUGAAGGCGAAAAGGGAAUUGGGAAAUAAAACCUCACUUCAGUGUCACUAAACAUUUCACUGUUCAACAUUUGCUGCCAAAGAAUCAGCUGGGAAGCGUUUGUCAUCUGAAAGCUUUCAGAAGCACAUAAACCCCCUGAUUUAUUUGAGCCUUGAUAUGAUUUUAUGAUUGAAAAUCUCCCCAGUGAACUUUCACUGCUGUGGGAUUUCUUUUUGUUGUUGUUCUUGUUAGGGUUUGGGGAGUUCCAGCACUUUAACAUUUCCAAAUGCGUAGCUCAGAUAUGUGUAAUUAUCACUGGUUGUUAAAAAAACAAAUAUGAAGGAUUGCACUUAUGGGAACACAUUUCAUGAACUUACAGGCGCGUGUGAUGAACGCUCAUUACUUGCUUACUUGUAGCAGCUGAAAUUUGAUCCUUUUCACAACCCAAACCAAAGCUUUUACAUGUAUAGACACAGUUACUCCUCCUGUUAAAGUGCUGUAGAAAUAUUUCAAUGCCAAAGGAGUUUUAGAGAGUCUGGUAGUAACACUAGUGGUUUGUUUCCCGUAAGUGCCAGAAUAGUCUUUUUGUAUUUAUUCUACUGUUCUAAGACAUGUUGCUUAUGACGUCACAUACAAAUGGGCACUCUGUAAAGUAUCCGUGGCUAGUCUUGUCUUACUACUAGGAAAUGCCUUAACAGGCAUGUUUUAGGUUUUACUACUGAGUUGCCAGUUUUAGACACAGUCCUGCAGUACAUCUGAUGUUUGCGAAGGUGAUAAUGUUCAGGUUUUGUUUACACAGCCUUAGGAUGUAAUGGUUUGACAUUUUUAACAGAGGCUGUAUGUGUGCUGCUCUUUACUUCAUAGGUGUGUCUAACAUUUAGACUGCCCUCAUUAGUGAAUGUGGGGGGUGGGGACAAUAUUACAAACACCUCUUACUGUAACCAGUUCAUCCGCACCACAAAGUACGUCCUCCAAAAAGCCCAUCGAGUCUUAAUGAACAAUUUCAACUAAAAUGAACAUUAUACCUCCUUUUUUUAUUUAAAGAAGUCAUUUUAAUGUACAUAGAAAACUUGUAUUUUCAAAAAAAAGACGACAGGAUUUUUGCAGGGCUGUGUAUUAGAUCACAUUAGCUUUAGCAACAUGUACCUCCCUGUUGGAUUCAGUAAUGGUUGUCCAUCAUCAUUUCAUUCAUUUCAUUUCAGACAAUCUUUGGAACUGACAGUUUACCAAACCAAAGUGCACAGGUUGUCAUCCAGUGCCUUUAACAGGGUAAUUAAAGCACAUGAUUCCAGCCGUACAUAAAAUCAGUACCAACCAGUCAUGAGGAGAAGCCCUGACAUAAGGGAGUAGGCCGAUUUCAGUAAAACAAUGUUGUAAUUUAAGCAUUAAUUAAAUUUUAAACUGUGGUUUUGUAUGAAGCAUUUGAAAAUGAGAAUCCCGCAGCAUCAUCAUCAUUUAGGGGCACAAUCCAUUUUAUUUGAGCCGUUGACGCAGACUGGAACAUAAGAGAAAAUUGAAGCUUUUUUUUUUUACCUGUGUAAAUGUCAAUGAUUUUAUCAGAAAUUAAAGAUUUUAUGUGUUAAAUUA